UCUUGACGCAUCUUGUGGACCUGCACCGGAAGUGACCGGUGUUGGUCUAGCAGUUCGCGCUAACCGGACCGGGACCGGCAGAACCGACACCAGACUCGAAACAUCAGGAUCCCAUCGGGCCGAACGGAUAGAUAGUGCAUGUCUCCGAAUCUAGGGUUUAUCUGAAGUUACUGGUGAGGGUCAGGAAGCGCAUCGCGGUUGGCCGGCGUGACGUGCGCUCCAGAGGCUUUUGUUUGGGGGCGUGGCCUGUUGGCGUCUACCAACUCACGAUUGGUGAACAGGUGCCUAGCCAUCCUGCUGUGGCUCUGCGGGCGCGCAGUGGGCGGAGUCAGGCUCAGACUCGGGCUGUGAUUGGCUGAGAGUGAUGAGUGGGCGGGGCGGGGCCAGUAGCCGCGAGCGGGGACGUGGCAUGGAUUCGUCGUGCUGGUUCGCUCCUAGCGCCCUGCGGCGACUGGUCGAGCUGCCGGCGCCGGUUCUGUCACGCCACCAGCUGAAGCGUUUAGAGGAGCAUCGCUACAGCAGUUCGGGACGCUCGCUACUCGAACCCAUAAUGCAACGCUACUGGGAGUGGCUCGUCGGCAGAAUGCCACCCUGGAUCGCGCCCAACCUCAUUACCAUCGUCGGCCUGGCGACCAACAUCUUCACAACACUGGUGCUGGUGUAUUACUGCCCGACUGCAACCGAACAGGCUCCUCUCUGGGCGUACCUCCUGUGUGCCGUGGGCCUGUUCGUCUAUCAGUCGCUGGACGCCAUCGAUGGGAAACAGGCCAGACGCACUAACAGCAGUUCACCACUGGGGGAGCUGUUCGACCACGGCUGCGAUUCGCUCUCCACAGUGUUUGUGGUGUUGGGAACCAGUAUAGCGGUUCAGCUGGGCUCUCACCCCGACUGGAUGUUCUUCUGCUGUUUCGCCGGCAUGUUCAUGUUUUAUUGUGCCCACUGGCAGACCUACGUCUCCGGUACACUGCGCUUCGGCAUAUUUGAUGUUACAGAACUGCAGAUCUGUCUAGUGUUGUUGCAGAUGUUUACGGCUACGGUUGGGCCCACGUUUUGGAACGAAACGAUUCCUGUCAUAAACAUCCAAAUGAAAAUGAUCCCGCCACUUUGCACGUUUAUCGGGGCGGUUUUCACGUGUACCAAUUACUUCCGAGUCAUAUUUACCGGCGGCGUGGGGAAAAACGGCUCCACCAUAGCGGGUACGAGUGUUUUGUCUCCCGUCCUGCACAUCGGCUCAGUUAUCAUCCUCGCUAUGAUGAUUUAUAAAAAAUCAUCCGUCCUGCUCUUCGAGAAACAUCCGUGUCUGUAUAUUCUGGCCUUCGGCUUCGUAUCGGCCAAAAUCACCAAUAAAUUAGUGGUGGCGCACAUGACCAAGAGUGAGAUGCAUCUUCACGACGUGGCGUUUCUGGGCCCCGGCCUGUUGUUUCUCGAUCAGUACUUCAACAGCUUCAUCGAUGAAUAUCUGGUGUUGUGGAUUUCUCUGAUUCUCUCUCUCUUCGAUCUGGUGCGCUACUGCGUGAGCGUCUGCAACGAGAUCGCGUCUCACCUGCGCAUCUGCGUCUUCAAACUCAAGCCGAGUGACCUCUGACCUCCCUCAUGCACUUUCAUCCUGCUACUGUUUCUCGUCUGAGACGUAUUUAAAACAUCCUGCACUUAGAAUAAUGCAGUGCUUCAUCGCCAGUGAACGAACGAACAAAUAAAUGAAUGAACGAACUUCA